UUAAAAAAAAAAACUGAAAAGCGAGAGAAGUAGAGUGAGAGGGAAAGAAACAGAGAGAGAAAGGGGGUAUAUCAUCUCCACAGAUAGUGUGAGAGAAGAAAGAGGAAGAUAAAAAAACAAACUCCGAUGAAGAGCGGUGGUUUGGGCGCGGUUCCGUCGUACGGCGUCCCCGCGAAACGACGGUGGAGAGGGCUCGUGAUUGCGGUGCUCGGUCUCGUCAUUCUCUCCAUGCUCGUUCCUCUCGUCUUCUUGCUUGGUCUCCACAACGGCUUCCACUCUUCCGGAUAUGUAUAUGAACAGAAGAAUUCUCCUUCAAAUCAGAAAAGUCUUGAAAGUUAUGAUAGACAUGAUGUUGGUCAUAAUGAGUCUGAGGGAGAACAAUCAAGUCAUGUGAAGGAAUUGAUAACAAAGUUUGAACCUACUCUUCCAAAGGAUGUCCUCGAGCAAUAUGCUCAUGAAGGCAAGAAUAACACCAUAGAUAAAACUGCCAGUGAUAAUAAACAAAGAGGUGGUUCUACUGACAACAUUGAUAAGACUGCCAGUGAUGAUAAACAAAGAGUUGGUUCUACUGAGACCAUUGAUAGGACUGCCAGUGAUGAUAAACAAAGAGGUGGUUCUGCUAACACCAUUGAUAAGACUGCCAGUGAUGGUAAACAAAGAGGUUCUAAGGUGCCACCUAAUGAUGUUCUGCAAUCACCUCCAACCUCAAAUAAUCCUAGCAGUGAUCAUAUUGAACAGGCCACCCACCCAAAAACAAGCUCUACCAAUGAAGACAGAAAUUCGUGUCAGAUCACAUUUGGUAGUUAUUGCCUAUGGCAACAAGAACAUAGACAAGAAAUGAAAGAGACUCUGAUUAAGAAAUUGAAAGACCAACUAUUUGUGACUAGAGCUUAUUAUCCUAGCAUUGCAAAACUCCCAGCAAAAGAUAAAUUGUCUCGCCAACUGAAACAGAAUAUACAAGAGAUGGAGCACAUGCUUAGUGAAUCUACCUCAGAUGCUGAUCUUCCACCAGUGGCUGAGAGUUAUUCAAAGAAGAUGGAAAAUACAAUAAGCAGAAUAAAAUCAGUCCCUGUGGAAUGCACCAAUGUGGACAAGAAAUUGAGACAAAUAUUUGAUUUGACCGAGGAUGAAGCCAAGUUCCACAUGAAACAGAGUGCAUUCUUGUAUAAACUUAAUGUGCUGACAAUGCCGAAGAGUCUUCACUGCCUGUCACUGAAACUAACUGUAGAAUAUUUCAAAUCCCCACAAUACGACGAAAAAGCUAACGAAGAGAAGUUUACUGAUUCUUCCUUGCAGCAUUAUGUUAUUUUCUCUAAUAAUGUGCUUGCAGCUUCAGUAGUAAUCAACUCCACUGUAUUUCAUGCAAAAGAAAGUUUGAAUCAGGUUUUUCAUGUGUUGACUGAUAGAGAAAACUAUUAUGCAAUGAAGCUCUGGUUCUUGAGGAACCAGUUUAAAAAAGCUGCUGUUCAAGUGGUGAAUGUUGAGCAGGACAGCCAAAUGGAAAAUCCAUUGCCUCUAUCCUUGCCUGAGGAGUUCUGGGUUUCAUUUCGUGGUUAUGAUAAUCCAUCCACGAACCAGAUUAGAACGGAAUACCUUUCAAUUUUUUCUGAUUCCCACUACUUACUUCCUGAUUUAUUCAGCAAUUUGAAGAAAGUUGUGGUUCUGGAUGAUGAUGUUGUUAUCCAGCAAGACUUAUCUGCUUUGUGGAACAUAGACUUGGGAGAUAAAGUUAAUGGUGCAGAGCAGUUCUGCUCAGUAAAGCUGGGUCAACUGAGAAGUUAUCUGGGCGAGAAAGGUUUCAGCCACAGUUCCUGUGCAUGGAUGUCGGGGUUGAACAUAAUUGACCUGGGGAGGUGGAGAGAACUUGGUCUGACUCAAACUUACAAAAAGUUGAUAAAAGAGUUGACCGUGAAAGAAGGAUCUGCUGAAGGUAUUGCAUGGCGGGCAAGCUUGCUCGCCUUUGAGAAUAGAAUACAUCCACUGGAUAAGUGGGUUGUGUCUGGACUAGGUCAUAAUUAUACCAUUGAGUCUCAGUCCAUUAAGACAGCUCCGGUGCUACACUAUAAUGGGAACAUGAAACCUUGGCUUGAUCUGGGAAUUCCACAGUAUAAGAGCUAUUGGAAGAAGUUUCUGAACAAAGAGGAUCAGCUUUUAAGUGAAUGCAAUGUAAAUUCAUAAUAGGUUAUGGUUCCUAUGUAAGCUUGCAUGUUUUGGAAGUUGUAGGGUUGAGCUCUUAAGAAACAAGAGGAUGCCUGUGCUUUGGGUGCUCAAUUUUGUGAUCUAGUUUUCAAAGGGGUUUUGUGGAAAAGAAGCAAUGGUGGUGAUGAGAUUGACACACCAAUUAUAAAAUUAAUCAGUCAAUAAGGAACCUGGAAACUUCCCUGCAUUUCUGGCAAAAGGAUCAAGAAAUCUGAGUAGCCUCACUGUUUUCGAGAUAGCUAAUUGGUGUUGAGGUUUUCCCCCACUGUGCUGGUGGGCACUAUGAAGAUUUAUACAUGAGCAAGGCUGGUCCAUGAAAAAUAACUCAAUAUAAAGACAGUAAUUGUUUGUUUCAAGAUUUUAUUAUUCUACAUGAUGUAAAUUAUUCGUAGCUGUGAAACAGGUAGAGCUAUUCGUUCUAGUUCUUUGCUUCAUAAUUUGCCCCAUGUUUUUUCUAUUCGAUGACAAGAAUGUUGUCCAACAGUUCUAUAAAAGAAAAAGUAACAAUUUUGUCCUCUAGCAA